UAAGGGGAAAGAAUCCCUUGCUGGGGUCUGUUAUUUUACUUGACACUAGCAACAUGGCACCAACGAGCUGCAGCUGUCGGGGAAGAACACUCAGCCACUGCGAAUGCACAUGCCAUUAAGUACCUUGCCAACAGUAACCUAUGCAUACCACUAUGAGAAAAGAAAAACCCGGGCAUAAUUCAUCCACAUGCUACAAUGUUCUAACACCUGACCGAAUUCCUGAAUUCUGUAUCCCCCCGCGGCAUCAUGCCCAGAAAGAUCUUAGAAGAAGACCACAUUAUAAUUCUAUCCCAGAUCUCUUCGUGUCAGUUUUUGAAGCAAGAGAAUCUCACCCUUUUGAAAAGCACAUUAUCCAGGUGGACAGCGUAGAAGAUCCUUUUGAGGAGGAAAGUACUAAUGCUGACCCGCAGUCACAAGCAGCUCUCUCCUUGCCUCAUCUUGCUAAAGCUAAUACGUCCUAUGGAUUCUGCACCUUGUUGGAAAGCCCAAACACGAAGAGAAAAGAGUCUAUUUUUCAUAAUGAUCCUGAUGCCCUUCCCAUCUUGUUGCCAAGAUCCCGCUCUAAUACCAUCACAUGUAGAGGUGCAUCUUCAUUAAACAAUUUUACCAGCACUCUUAGAUUGAGGCCUCUAAUAAGGUCUGGUACCUUGGAUAGUGACACAGCCUCGUCCACUGAUUCUUCACCUUUUGGCUCUCCAAGACUACACAGAUCUCUUCAAACUUCUCUAUUUAAAGCUCUAAACCAGGACAGUAUGUUCUCCAGGGCUUUGAAAGCUAACUGCAAGAUGUCUGUUCUAAGGAAUAACUCGGUUUCUACUGAUGAAGACAGCUCCACUGACAGUAGUCCAUGCGUCACUAGGAGAAGUUCUUAUGAUUGGUCCCAUCACCCUCUUACACAGUCUGACAUAGGCCUUCUACUGGUUCCAGGUCAGUUCUCCUUGGACAACACCGUGACACUGAACACAGGAGGAAUUGUAAGGCUUUCGACUGAAUAUCACCCUGAAAAUAUGAGACUACGCAUAAGACUUGUCAGCGCUGAAGGACUUUACAAGCAGUCCAUUGACCCCAAAAACAUCAGCUGCUACAUCUCCUUGUCCCUUGUCCCAGGAAAGAAUCAGAAGCAAAGAAGCACUCUUAUCCGUGGAAGCCGGAACCCAAUCUUUAAUGAAGAUUUCUUUUUUGAAGGGGUAGAAUCUGAAGAUCUUUUCCAGAAAAUCCUUAAAAUAAAAGCCAUCAACAAAGGAUCCUGUGUCAGGAGAGAAGUCAUUCUUGGGCGGUGUAAACUCAAUCUCCUUAAUGUUUUACCUAUAUAGGACACAAAUCCUGUUUUAAACGAUAUACCAUGUAUACAUAUACAUAUAUAUAAAUAUAUGUAAU